UAGGAUGUACUGGUUCGACGUUUUUCGAUCCCUCUGUAAACUGCUUCGGAUCCAGCUGAUUGUGUGCUGGACGUUCCAUAUGCUGCUCCAUCGAUAUCGUUUUAUGAGAGGACUCGCAGUUAUGACCACGAAUAUUCCUACAUUGCUGGGUUAUUAGGCAGCAAGUGAAAAUACGCAGCGUUGCUCCGGCAAUGCUGGCUGCUUCAACCGGCAGGUAGGUUCUUGCCGGAUAGGGGAGCGUGGUGUGUGAAUAGGUAGGAAGGCACUGCAACUUCGAGUCUCAGGAGUGAUUAAGAUCCUGCCAGAGAAAGUUAUCGGGUUGUCUAUAUAUCUUUCUCUUCAAACACAUUUCUGGAGUAUCUAUUUUGCUCGUUACUCAACUCAUCUCCACUCGAGGCUAUACAUCAUCAUUGCAUUAUACCCAUAAUAUUCGGACCUACCUCUUCACUGCGCGCGCACCAUGGCAUAUCAAGCUGAACCAAAAACCAUCAAAACGCGUAUUCUCUGCCUUGCAGGCACCCAUAACAAGGAACUACGGCACCUACCCCAUGAUGAAGUGGAUUUAGUUCUGCACUGCGGCGAUCUCACAAAGAAUUCCAAGGUUGCAGAGUACCAAGAAGCCAUCCAGCAGCUCGCGGCCAUCAAAGCGCCCCUCAAGAUUGUCAUUCACGGGCCCAACGACAUCACUCUUGAUGAGAACACCUGGAUAGGGUGCGGUGAGGCAAUGAGACCCCGUGCUCCCGCCGCCGUCCGUCAGUUGGUGCAAAGGAAGCUAGAGCGCGAGCACGUUCUCCAAAUGGUCAAAGCCGCUUCGGAAGAUGGAAUCAGGCUUAUCACCACGAGAGGCACGCAGCAGAUCCUUCUUCGAAACGGUGCUUUUCUCACAUUGCAUGCUCGUCCUUACAACCGCCCGUACGGUUGCUUCGCAGAUCUCAAGUACGAACCGAGCCAGGUUUUCGAUUUCGACAUCGGACACGACGUCGAUGUCGUCAUGUCAAGCUACCCACCCCUGGGCGUUCUCGAUGAAGGGCGCGACGGUGCGCUGGGGGGUUGCCCCAACCUCUUCAGCGCCAUUGCACUCGGGAAACCCAAGGUGCACUGCUUCGGCCACGCCCACGGGCACUGGGGCGCGAAGAUGGUCAAGUGGCAGGACGGCAGCACCUUCACCAUGAAGGCCACGCACUUGACCGCCAUCAACCACAGAGAGUCCUAUCCCAUCGAGCUGGCACAGCAUUUCAAGAUCGACAGGGCUGAUUCUCGACUGGAAGCUCAGCGCAAGAAGGAACACAAGCGGCACUGCGAGGAGAAGGGAUACGUCGAGACGCGGUAUCCCGAGGGAGUCACGUCGCCUUUCCAAAGCCCGACGCGUACUCUUUUUGUCAACGCUACCGUUCGGGGAGACUCGGAGGACUCGGAGGAGAAUUUUCCAUGGCUCGUGGAGCUGGACCUUCCGUGCGUCGAACACAGGACACCUAUUGAUUACAGUUGGUUUGAGCGGGGGGACACGCCUGAGUCGUUCUAUUAGGUGAUUGGAUUUCUUCUGUCGCGGUAUCUGAGACCUAGGCGUUUUGGCGAGGGCCGUUGUGUUUGUUAAGAAC